ACGGGAACGAAAGCGGAUUGCACGCCGCCAUACUCUCCAUGUCCUUGACUUUGCCGCACGAAAACGGUUUGCCCAUCGAUUGUCCCGAAGACGACAUCAGCGAAGUUGCCAUGCAGAAUACCAUUCAAAACACCACGAUACUGCCCAACGAAGACGACAUUUCACCACGCAAACAAAAGAAGCGCCUCGGUAAGAAGAAGAGCGUUUCCUUCUGCGAUCAAGUUGUUCUGGUGGCCACGGCGGAGGACGAUGAAAAAGACUCUUACAUUCCAAAUCCAAUUCUGGAAAGAGUGCUUCGAUCAGCCAUGAACAAACCCGAGACAGCACAAGUGCUUCGUGAAAUUAGAAGUCUACAGGAGGCCGAGAUGAAUCGCGAAAUGAACGUUCCCACGAAAUUCCAGCAGCAAACCUUGCCUCUGAAGAGCGAGGCUGAAAGCGUGCCAGCCACUCCAUUCCAAGAUCAGCUCAGGAGCGUCAAUCCGAUUCCCAGAUCCAACGAAGCAACGAUGCAAGACAACCAUACCAACUACUCGGGCACUGCCAACAACCCUGCUAGAGUGACCCCCACGUUCGCUCAACAAGUCACUCAGCAAAUACGUUACGCGCCAAAUCCAGCCAUCCAGCAACAAAUGAUGCAUCCGCAAAAUCAAAGCGGUUAUUCACAAGUGCAAACUGCACACCCGAGAAAUCAAAACAUGCCUGUUGCUCAAAGCCAAACGCCAGUCAACUCUUAUCCCAGUCUGGCGCAAACUCAGUACCUUCAAAACGGCAUGCAGGCGCCAAACAACAGUAAAGGUCUUCACUCGUAUUAUCUCCUCGAGCAGCAGAACAAUCAAAUGAAUAGGCAGUCGUCGAUGCCACAGCUCCAGCAAACGCAGCAGCAUCCGCAGAAUAUCAUGAACCAGCGAUCCCAUGCUCAAACUGUGAGCCCUCUGACCGUUCAACAUCAGCAGAACAUCAUCAAUCAAAGGCUAUCUAGUCAAAAUGCAAGUCCGAUCACCGUUCAACUGCACGCGCCGAAUCUUUUCAACGGGCACUCUCAGUAUUCGACUUCGCAAUACCCCCCGAAUUCGUAUCAGAGCCAUGCCUAUCAAUCCAUGCCGCAGCAGAGAAUGAACCAGUCGUUGCCGCAAUAUCAACCUCCUCCAAAUCCGUCAAGCAAUUUUCAACAUCUCUCGCAACCGAUUCAACAACCACAGCCACAUAAUAUGCAAAACGGCAUGGCAGUCCCUUAUCAACAGCGGCUAGAUAGUCUGCAACGGCAGCCUCAAAAAAUCGACUCGCAGCAAGCUUACUCGAAUGGUCAAAUCGCCUCGGCACUCAAAUAUCCGCAAUAUCAGCAUUUGCAACAAGUCAAGCAGAUGAAACAGCCUACGCAGCAACAAAUCCAUCAGCAGCUACAACAUCAAAUGCAGCAAAAGGCACUUACGCUUCAAGGGAACGUCAAAGGAUCUCCUAUUAAUAAUCAAAAUAUAUCAGCCUUACAAAAGUCGUCGUUAUCUGGCGCGCCUAAGUUAAAUCUAUGCCAUCUUUGUCGUAAGAAGUCAGUUUGCGAACCCACGAUCUAUUGUACUGAUUGCGACUUUUACAUGUCGCGCUUCCGUCCGAAAAACUAGAUCAAUUCUUUCAAUUCUUUAUUUACAUUUGCGCGAACUUACACACACACACACACACACACGCAUAUACAUUUUUACAGCAUAUAUAUAUGUAUAUAUAUAUAUAUAUACACUGUAAAAAUUUUUAGUUGAUUAAGCUUGAACGUGUUUUGCCACGAUUUCGAUACAAUACAUGAUGUAAAAUCUAGCUUUUCUCAAAUUUCUUUUUAGAUUUACUAGAUUUUGAAGUCUUGAAUCGACAUCAUGAAUGUAGACUGUUUUCUAUGUAAUGUACAAAGGCAUGUAGUGUUCUUUGACUAGUGCGCAUGUGCUAAAACUUAAAUAUGGGACGUUGAUAUUCCAUGUUAAUUUAAAUCAAUGUUGUGAAUAUUAAUUUUACAGAGAUACUACUUAUAUUGUACAAACUCGAUGUAUUGUAUUAGACGUAGAUUAUGACUUUAAGCUUUCAAUGUGCAAAAGCGUCAAAAUUUUUUUUGUUAGUUCGAAAAAUUAAUAUUUAUAUGAUGCCAAGAUUGUGAUAUUAGAUACGAUAUGUGAAUUGUUAAUGCAAUGUUAUUUUAUGAAUAUUUUGUAAAGAAAUUCGACAAUUAUAAGUACAGGUUAUCGCUCUAUACGUAUAAAAAUAUUAGUAGAGUGGCAAAUCAUGAUCUCUUGAAACCGUAAAGUUUAUUUUAUGUUACUAUUAACUGAGAUUAAACAUUUUUACUUUGAUAUAAUUUGUUAUUUGUACCUAUUGCGAAUGUAUAAUGUAAAAACGAACAAUUUUAUACUUUUCAGCCGAGUAUUUUGUUUUAAAAAUACUUAUUCGACGUUCUUGAGUAAUAAAGAG